AUGUGUUCACAUGGUCAUUCUCACAAUUGUGCCGCAGAGCACAUUCCAGAAGUUCCAGGUGAUGACGUGUAUCGCUACGAUAUGGUCAGCUAUAUUGACAUGGAAAAGGUAACUACUCUCAACGAGUCAGUCGACGGCGCCGGAAAGAAGGUUUUCAAGGUGAUGGAAAAAAGAGAUGACAGAUUGGAAUACGUAGAAAGUGAUUGCGAUCACGAGUUGCUAUUCAAUAUUCCAUUCACCGGACACGUUCGUCUAACGGGUCUCUCGAUAAUCGGAGACGAAGAUGGAUCACAUCCAGCCAAAAUUCGAUUGUUCAAAGAUCGAGAGGCAAUGUCAUUUGAUGACUGUAGUAUUGAGGCAGAUCAGGAAAUUGAUUUGAAACAAGAUCCACAAGGACUCGUGGAUUAUCCGUUGAAAGCUUCAAAGUUUGGAAAUAUUCAUAAUCUAUCGAUUUUGGUAGAUGCAAACUUUGGAGAAGAUGAGACAAAGAUCUACUAUAUCGGAUUACGUGGAGAAUUUCAGCACGAGUUCAGACAAAGGAUUGCAAUUGCCACAUACGAAUCAAGAGCUCAACUCAAAGAUCAUAAAAACGAGAUUCCAGAUGCUGUUGCCAAGGGACUUUUCUAAAAUAAUUAAUUAUUGAUUACUUGUGAAUUCGUUAGUGUUAAUCAAUCCACGUGGUUUCAUAUUGACUACCAGUAUUUUCGAUUGAAAUGUUUAAAUUGUAACAAUACACGACAUUUGUCGGAAAGUAUGUCCCUCAAAUUCUUCUUUGAAGUAAAUUAUUUCUCUC